CGCCUUAAAAAUGUGGGUGCGCGAGAAAUCCUCCUAACCACACGAAGAAUAAAAAAACAACCCACGGGGGGAAUCAAUCAACACACGCCAAGAAUCUUCUUCACUCCCAAAAGAAACCGAAGCCUUGCAUCAACAAGGAACAAACAACCUUCAAUCUAAACUACCAACAAAAUACGCAAGAACGAAAACCCAAAUCAAAUACCCAACACAGAACAUUCCAUAUUUCCUCAGGAAAAUCCCCAAUUUCGUGCUGUUUAGAGUCAGAUCUAUUGAUCUCCUGAUUAUCAAGAGUGAGAUAAGAUUUGUUUCUGAAUUCUGAUAUCUCGAUUUCUUCUUCGCCAUCUUGUUUCAUAACAUCUUGCGGAUCUUUUUGAAUGUGCUUGUUCUUGAACCUGACAACUGAAAUUGCAGGUUGUUGGCUUUGAGUUCUAAAAGGAUUAAAAUAAUAAAAUGUCUUCACCAAGUAAGAGGAGAGAGAUGGACGUGAUGAAGUUGAUGAUGAGUGAUUAUAAUGUGGAGACAAUAAACGAUGGUCUCAAUGAAUUUAAUGUGGAAUUUCAUGGGCCAAAAGAAAGCCUUUAUGAAGGUGGGGUUUGGAAAAUCCGUGUUGAGCUUCCUGAUGCUUAUCCGUACAAAUCUCCUUCUAUUGGUUUUGUGAACAAGAUAUUUCACCCAAAUGUCGAUGAACUGUCUGGCUCGGUAUGCUUGGAUGUUAUUAAUCAAUCGUGGAGUCCAAUGUUUGAUCUUUUAAAUGUUUUUGAAGUUUUUCUUCCUCAGCUUUUGCUCUACCCAAAUCCUUCAGAUCCACUUAAUGGUGAUGCGGCUUCAUUAAUGAUGAAGGAUAGAAAACAGUAUGAUCAAAAAGUGAAAGAGUACUGUGCGCGAUAUGCAAAAAAGGAGAACAUCGCGAACUCGAAAUCUGACGAUGAAAGUGGUGAAGAGGAGAUCAGUGAUGAGGAAAGUGGAUCAAGUGAAGAUGAAAUUGCUGGCCCCGUAGAUCCAUAAUCAAGUUAAAUGUUCUUUAAUCUUGUUGUAGGGACAGCAAUAGAACUUAUAGUUCUAGUCCAUUCUUUCCACUGUAUUUUAGUUGUGUAACUGCGCAUUUGCUUGUAAAAUUAUGUUGACAAAACCAAUACCUUAAUGAAAGCUAUUGUUUUAACAAGGUUGGAUGUUUUUUUUUA